CAGAGCUUUCAGACGAGGAAAAUGCGGAUUUGACCGCAACAGCGAGUUGUUUUUCUGUCUCCAGUAACUCUUCCAGCUACAGUUUGAUGAAUGACUCACAUCCUCUUCCGCCAACUUUUAUGCUUCAACACGGAAACCGAAACCAGUUUGAUACAGACUCUGAUCGCAGAAAGCAACUAAGAAGAGAUUGUUACACAAAAGAGGUUUUGACGGUCACCUCCCACGGACACUGCUGAGACAACCAAACUUGAUAAGGACAGAGCUACAGAUAGAAGUGCGAGUAUGGUGAUGGAUUUGGAGACAUGACAGAUAAUAAAGUCAUGGAGAAUAUCAAACAAAAGCUUAAAGCACAUCUGUUGGAGAAGUCAGCAUGGAUAUACGAAGGUUUAUCCCAGAGUCGGAGUGAGCUCAGGAAUGUCUACACAAAACUGCUCAUCACACAACAGGCUGAGCAGCAUGGUUGCCUGUCACAUGAGAGUCUACAUCACUUUCUGCACCCUGACAAGGAGUCACCAUAUUUAACAUCAGACUAUCAGGAGAUAACCAGCCUGGAUAUCUUCAAACCAGGACAAAACAUCUCUCUACAAGAACCUCUUAAAACAAAGACCAUCAAGAGAGUGGUGACAAAAGGGAUCGCUGGCAUUGGGAAGACAUUUGCCAUCCAAAACUUCUCCCUAAAUUGGGCAGAAGGAAAAUCCAACCAGCACAUUGAGUUAAUGUUUGUGCUCCCUUUCAGAGAGCUAAACAUGAUCAAAGAGGGUAAGUACAGUCUUCUGCAGCUGCUUCUCCACUUCUACCCUGAACUGAACCAUUUGAAAGAUGCAGGACAACUCAACAGCGUGCAAGUGCUAUUCAUCUUUGAUGGUUUGGAUGAAAGCAGAUUUCCACUGGACUUCGAUCGAUGCAGGAAAAUGAACGACGUACACCAGAAAUCAAAAGUGGAGGUGUUGCUGAUCAACCUAAUCAAAGGGAGUCUGCUCCCCAAUGCUCUGCUCUGGGUAACUUCUCGACCUGCUGCAGUCAGUCAGAUUCCUUCUUCAUACAUUGACCGGAUGACAGAAGUGCAAGGGUUCACCGACCAGGAAAAAGAAAACUACUUCAGAAAGAGAUUCAGCAAUGCUGCUCAGGCCCAAGAAGUCCUGACUUGUCUCAGUGGGAUGAUCGGCUUCUAUUUCAUGGGCCACAUCCCAGUCUUCUGUUGGAUAGUGGCCGAGGUAUUCAGGACAGGAUGGAGUGACCAAAGAUGCCAAAGGAUCACAACAAUGACAGAGCUGUACAUCCAUUAUUUGUUUACUCAAAUGCAAAGAACAGCACAGAAAUAUCUGACCCAAAGCUCAGAAACAAAGGCAGAAAAGAAUCCAUCUAAGACCCAGAAUGCAGCCAUGCUUCUGAAUUUGUCCAAGUUAGCCUUCAAACAGCUGCAGAAAGGAAACAUCAUCUUCUACGAAGAGGACCUCAGAGAGUGUGGGAUUGAUGUUGGUGAAGCCUCUUUAUUUUGUGGAUUUUGCUCAGAAAUCCUGAAGGAAGAAUGUGGUCUGUACCAGAAGAAGAUGUUCAGCUUCGUGCAUUUAAGUUUCCAAGAAUUUCUGGCAGCUCUCUACGUGUUUCACUGCUGUGAGAAAAGAACGAAAAAGAACAUCAGCGCUCUCAAGUCUUUCCUUGGGAUUGACUCCACAGAUAUGAGUUUGAUGGACCUGCAGAAGAAGGUUGUUGACAAAGCCUUGGAGAGUGAGAAGGGUCAACUAGACCUGUUCCUCUGUUUCUUUCUUGGACUUUCAGUGAGAUCAAAUCAAGUGAUGCUGGAAGAAGUUUUCCCACAGACAAAGAGCAAGUCAGAUACAACUGAAGAGAUGAGGGAGUACCUGAGAAAGUUUCAUGCUGGAAACCUCCCAGCAGAGAGGUGCAUGAAUCUUUUAUUAUGCAAGUUUGAGCUCAAACAAGACAGGUUUCAGGAUGACAUCAGGAUGUACCUGAAUUCAGGGGUGAGCCUUUCCCCCAUUGACUGUUCAGUUGUGGCCACCCUGCUGCAGGCUUCUGGGGAAGUGGUCCAAGAACUCGAUCUCACAAAAUGCUUCACACCAUUUCCGGGGAGCGAGAAACUGAUUCUCCAGAUUAAACACUGCAAGAAAGCUGUACUCGACAGUGAACACACCACUGAUGAUAAGAUACUCCAGAUUCUGCUGUCCAUCCUGCAGUCAGCAGAGUCUUUCUUGCGAGAGCUGAGUCUGGUGGGUUUCACUGGUGCUGACAGAUGUCCUGAUCAUCUUCUCUUCACCGUGCUGGGAAGUCCUACCUGUAAACUGGAGACACUGAGAUUGUCGGGGUUGUCUCUAGAUUUCAGGAAAUGUCACGCGUUGGCCUCCGUUCUGCAGGCAAAGCAAUCAAACCUGACAGCACUGGACUUGAGUAGCUGCAUUUACAAUUAUGGAAAGGAUUACAGCGGCUAUUCAGAAGAGCUCAAAGAGAAUAAGAAGUAUGAGGAUAUCAACGACGAGUUGACACUGCUCACCGUGAUUCCCACGGGCUUAAUAGGUCCUCUCAGCAACAUAAAGGAAUUCAGCAUGACUGGUUGUUUCCUGAGGAGCAAAUGCUGUCAGGUGUUCGCCUCAGUUCUCAGUUCAAACACACAUUUGAGAAUGCUCAACCUCAGUCGCAACCAAUUGCAGGAUGUAGGAGUGCAGUUGCUGUCUGUUGGACUGGGGAGUUCAAAAUGUCAGCUUGAGACGCUCAGGCUGUCUUGUUGUGGGGUCACAGAGGAAGGCUGUGCUUCUCUGGCCUCAGCUCUGAAGUCCAACCCCUUCCACCUGAGAGAACUGGACCUCAGCUACAACCAUCCAGGAGAGUCUGGAGGGAAGCUGCUCUUCGAGAGACUGGAAGACCCAAACUGUAGGCUGGAAAAACUCUGUGUGGACCAUAAUGAAGAACACUGGGCCACCCCAAAGCUUCUGAAAAAGUAUGCCUGUGAUCUUAAGUUUGAUUUCAACACUGUGAACGAACACCUCCUCCUGUCUGAGUGCAACAGAAAGGUGAGCUUCACCGAACAGAAGCAGCCGUACCCUGAUUGUCCAGAGAGGUUUGACAAGUUACCUCAGGUGCUGUGUAGAGACGGGCUGACUGGCCGCUGCUACUGGGAGGUGGAGUGGACCGGACAAGCCACUGUUGCUGUAACUUACAAGAAGAUAAAGAGAAAGGGGUGGAAAUCGUUUAUCGAGCACUGUGAUGAUACUUGGUGCAUCACAAACAGUGACUUAGAUGGUUUUCGGUUCUGGCACGGACGACAGCGUGUUUUAAUCCCGAUCCCGUACAUUGACAUCCAUGCUUUCCUAACCAGUCCCAAGAGACUGGGUGUGUUCCUUGACUGGUCAGCUGGCAUUCUGGCUGUCUAUUGGCUGUCAGGUGACACACAAACUUUGCUUCAUACUUUCCACUCCACUUUCACCGAGCCGGUGUACCCAGCAUUCAUCAUUUAUGGGCAUUCUGAAUCUCUGACCCUGCUCACUGUCACCAUGGAAACAGAUGCUCAGCAGGCUCGUUCCAGCUUCACACCUGAAGUCAGCAGAGAAGGAGUUGGUGUUUUGUACAGCUUCAGGUUCCCGGGCUCGGGUUUGUUCCAGUGCUCUCUGACCGGUCUGGUGUUCAAGGUUACCCACGAAGGUCAAGUGACAUACAGGAGUCUGAUCUGGGACGAAACGCUCCUCCAACCGGCGCGCAAGCUACCCGGAGGACCACUGUUCAGCAUAGAAUGUCCUCAGGACUGCAUUGGAGAGCUGCACCUCCCACACUGUGAACCUGAACCCGCUUUGGUAUCUCAGUGUCUCUCUGUCGUCCACAUCACUGACGAUGGCAUGCACAUCGUUCAGCCACUGGACAUCACAGACACCCACGUGGUUGUGAACGUCCUGCAUCUCUCCAGCUUUGGCAUCGUGUGGGAUCUCAUCAAUCGGUUCACAAACUUCAUGUCACAGCCAAUCCUUGGCCAAACCCUGCUGUUUCUCAGAUGCAUUUCCUUCCAGCGCUACAUCCUCAGUGUGAUUCUGCUACCGGCCAACGUGCCUCUGCAAGAUGUGAAAGCUCAGCAUUCAAACUCCGAGUUCAUCCAGGCUCCAUCAUUCUGUCACCUCCACAAAGACCAAACAUACAGCCUCCAAACUGAGCCGGCUACCUUCAACAUACAGCCCAAAAGGACGAUGUUUUUUGGAAACUAUGGACCAAAUUACCACGCAACAUUUGAGGUAAUGAUGCAGAAGAGUACGGAGAAGCUGACCGUGAUCGUACAGGGUCAUGAGAGAACCGUCUGGGAGUACACAAUCUACCUGCCAGUUUCCCCCUCACCCUCUCCCCAAGGACAGACCCUACUUUGUUUGGGGAGCAACGUGCCGGCGGUUGAGAAGCUCCAGAACAUCAGGGUGAAGUUCAUUGAAAAGGUGUCCAAUCCUGUUCUGGACAAACUGCUGGACGAACUUCAGCACUGCAGAGUGAUGACUGAUGCUGAGGCGGAGGCUUCCAGGGCCAGAAACAGAGCUGACAAAGCUCGAGAUGUCAUCGACCUGGUGAGAAAGAAGGGAGCAGAAGCUAGUUCCAAAAUGAUCAGCUUCUUAACUGCAAAUGACCCACACCUGUGCAAGGAGUUCAGGUUGACCUAAUGAGCAUCUACAAGAACUGAUGUUUUUCAUGUUAAACCAAAUUAGUGCAACAUUUUAUUCAUUUUUAUUUUAAUGUGUGUAUGGAGUAAUUCAGGUGAAAUUGGAACAUGUAACUGGUGCUGUCAAGGACCUGUAUCUUCAUAUUUUCAAUGUGACCCUGCGCAGUCGGAGAAAAACAG